AUGGCCAAUGGAGGUUCCAUUAUUGAAAUUGGAUCUCACAAUGAGCUCAUUAACAAAACAAACGAUCAUUACACAAGGUUGGCAAAAUUACAGAGGCAGUUCAGCUGUGACGAUACUGAACAAACAUCUGAAUUAUGUUGUAUGUGUUCAUUGGUUGCAAGAAGUAGUGUUGGCCAGUUGAGUAUAAACAAGAGCCCCGCUUCAUUCAUGUCACCAUUUCCUGUCAAGAAUCAGUUACCUGUGUCUUAUCCCCCUCCAUCUUUCACUCGGCUUCUGUUGUUGAAUUCUCCUAGAUGGAAGAACGGUGUCAUGGGAAGCCUCUAUGCAAUUAUCUUCGGUGCAGUCCAACCCGUUUACGCCAUAACCAUCGGUGGCAUGAUCUCUACCUUUUCCAUCCAGAGCCACAAAGAGAUGCACGCACAGAUCCGAACAUACUCCUUAGUCUUCUCCUCCCUUUCCCUCAUCUCCAUACUCCUUAGCAGUCAAGCUUCUGCGGAUGAUGCUCAGCAAGUCGCAAACUACCUUUGGAACAACUUCUUGGGAGGCCAGUCAGAUUUACGUCCAUUAGGGGACGCUGUUCUGGACGGAAUCGACUUUGACUUCGAGGAUGGCACGAACCAACACUGGGACGAGUUGGCUAAGGCUCUUAAUGGAUUCGGUUCUAAGGUUUACUUGAGUGCUGCUCCGCAAUGCCCCUACCCAGAUGCAUCGCUUAAUGGUGCAAUUCAAACUGGCCUCUUUGAUUACGUCUGGGUCCAGUUCUAUAACAAUCCUYCAUGUCAGUAUGCCGGAAGUGCUGACAAUCUUAUAAGCGCUUGGAACCAAUGGACCUCGUCGGUUCCAAAUAGUCAGAUCUUCUUGGGGCUGCCUGCCGAUUCAAAUGCAGCCCCCAGUGGUGGCUACAUCCCACCAGACACACUAGUGUCUCAGGUUCUACCCUCUAUUCAGUCUUCUUCCAAUUAUGGUGGUGUGAUGCUGUGGUCCUAGUCUUCUGAC